GUCAACAGUGUAGGCAGCGUUCCCUUCACUCUAGAGUACACUUACAAAAUAAUACGUCUUUCCUUUACUCUAGAGAACACUUACAAAAUAAUACGUUCUUUCCUUUACUCUAGAGAACACUUACAAAAUAAUACGUACUUUCCUUUACUCUAGAGAACACUUACAAAAUAAUACAUACUUUCCUUCACUCUAAAGAACACUUAUACAAGAUAAUACUACGCAGCAUCAUUCGUGCCACGCACGAAGCAUCGACGUCAACAGGAAAACCGAAGGAGGAAAAAGAAGAACAAUAAUCCGUCGUAAGAGGAAACUGACGACGAAUUGUGGGGUUUUCAUAGGCAAACGGAAAAACGUUCAGCCGUUUGGAAGACCAGUUAGUGAAUGCUUUCAAAAACUGUGCAUUAGAAAUCCCGCCAACACAAAGCAACCGGAAAGUGAAACAGAAAUAUACCGUAGGUGGUUAGAAGUUUUAAGCUAAAACUUCCAUUACCUUUUAUCCCCAUAUGGAACUUAGCUAUGGAGACUUUGUGUUUGUUUGAAUCUGUUAAAUGAAACGCCAGUUCAAGACAGCAAAUAAAUCCAUCCUAAAAUCUAAAGUGAUGCCGAUAACUCAAAAUGCUGACGAUGUAAAUAUCAUUGCGGGUGGUCAGCUAUAAACCGGGAAAAGAGGAACUUUGUGACUAAAUUCCAUUUAUCUUUUAACGACGACCAUCUCAACUUGAAUGACAAGGAACCCAAGCCCUUCCUCGAAGGACCUAAUGAAGAAAAGGAACAAGUCUGAUUCAAGAAUGGAUUAACUCCAAUGGCAUCGAUAAUACUGUAGAAAAUGGAGACACUUUGUUGAAGAUUCUAAAGGCUCAGCAUUCAUCAGUGUGGACAGUUGGACAGUAUGGAUAUCAGUGUUGGGCGUGAUUCGACAGACAAGUCUCUGCAAGUCAACUGGUCACCUAAUCCAUACGGAUGUCUGAAAUUCACAGUAACAGUCUUACUGGUGUCUGCAGCUGGUAUGAUCAUGUUCUUAUAUGAUUUAAGAGAUCUCUUCACAGAUCAGUUAACAAUCAUAGACAUCAACACGUCAAAUACCAGCAACUUGCCAGGUUUGGCUCACUUGAAAACUUUCUCCCAGAGCUGCAGAUGCCACUCCAUGUUCACUAUAGGCGCCUGUGGAAUGGAAGAGGUGGCGUCCAUGAGAGCAAAAGACGCUCUUUGGGUUUCUGCUGCUGAAAAACUAAACAGGUCUCGAUUUCAGCAAGACAUCUUGAUGAUGCCUCAGCUACAGACAAUAUCUCACUACCUGCCUCAACUGUUCAAGCUGAACACAACUCCCGCUGCAAUAAGUGACGCUGAAGCUACGGGAAACAGACACUUAACCAGAGCAGCUGACAGUCUUCCAUUUGUUUCUUGUCGAGUGCAUAUGUACACUCCAUCUGAGAUAGGCAAGUGCACCAGAAAGGUCCUGCAAGACACGGGCCAGCCACUUCGCAUCGCUUUCGUUGGCGAUUCCAGAGUACGCAAUACUAUGGAACAGAUCAUUCGCUCCACUCAGCAAGAACUCAAGUAUCGUCUAACUGGGGGAAACAGCGAACAAAAUAUAACAACUACAUUUCUCGACCACAAGAGCAAAUUCAACAUGCCAGUGGUAGGUGAUGGGGUAGAACUACGUCUUCACUGGUCAGCUUACCUAGAUUUGGACCGAGACACCAAAAAAAUUUCCCAACAAGGAGCCAAAGACCUGCUGGAAGCAUGGUCUAAUGGAACCCCAGGUCCCAAUGAUGGACCAAUCCCCGACAUUGCUUACAUCACAACAGGUAUGUGGGAUUCCUCUAUGUUGUCCGAAGACGCAGCAGCAGAAAGCUUCAUAUCUACCUUGGAUAAGAUGGCGCCGGUACUCAAGAGGUUAGCGACGCGAACACUCGUCCUCUGGCACAUACAUGGUCCCAUAAAGGAGUGGUUAGCCACGAGGGACGUCCCAAACGGGGCCCUCGACAUUAUGAACAGGGCGUCGUGGCGAUGGCUGGGCGACAGUAACGUAUGGCUGUGGGAUUCUCGCACAGUUCUGAUGCUAAAACAGCUGUCAGAAUGCAGGUAUCUGAGCCAAAGCACUCUCAAGACUCAGAUCCCUCCUGAAUGGGGAUGUUCCGACUUCCAGCAUGCUGGGAGAGACGUCGAGGACGCGGCUGCCAACAUGUUGUGGAAUCUAGUUUGCAAUAAAGUUCUGCAACUUCCGUCUGAUCACUGCUGCUCAUGAGUCCAUUUCGACGAGUAGUAAGAAGAAAGCAAGUUUAGAAAGUUCAUCCUGAGUGAAUGGUGAGGCUAAGUCAACGGCCAGUAGGGCAUUUCGCCAGAAGGGAAAGGUUACACAUCAUUCCUGCCUGUAAGCUUACAGAGCUACUUAUAAGUUUUCAUUUAUUAGCUGAGCAUACUUAACUUCUCAGGUCAUACUAAUGUAAGUUGAAAUAAGUUCUCAGUCUCAACCAUUGCGAAUACGUAAGUUAGAUAGCGACUAAUUAAAUUUCUUAUUUGUGAAAUAUGGGCGCUAAAAAAUAAAGAUCGAUAUAAUGCCGCACCGUAUAUUUCAUGAACUCCCGAGUGUUUUUUUGUCACAGCA